AUGGAUGGUUUCGAAAUACGAGUUUCGAAUAGUAAGAAGGGAAAAGGACUUUUCGCGACUAAACAUUUCAAUGAAGGUGAUGUUAUUCUCGAAGAGGAACCCUUAGUUUCUUGUCAAUUUGCGUGGAAUGCGGCAUGCAGAUAUUUGGCGUGCGAUCAUUGUAUGAGACCACUUGAAACCCCAGAACAAAAUGUUCGGCGACUUUCUGCAAAGCCAGAUAUAGUGCUACCACAUUCUAAUUGCUUUGAAACAGAUUUAUUGAACAUAACUAGUUGUAAUCAAUGUGGAAUACUCUAUUGUUCUGAAGACUGUAAAGAAAAUUCAUAUGCUAUUUAUCAUAGAAGCUUGUGCUACAUCCAGAACGAAAUACAGCAUCCAAUAAAUGUUUUAAUUGAGACAUGGAAGCAAAUACACUAUCCACCAGAAACAACAAACAUAAUGCUAUUAGUUCGCAUAUUAGCCUACAUUCAACAGCAUUCAGACCCUUCAGCUGCGGCCGCCACAAUCAAACAAUUUUGUCACAGAACUGUCAAUGAAGAUGAAGAAUUGGCCCACAAGCUACUAGGUGAAGAGUUUAGUAGCCAAAUAAAUACAUUAAGGGAAAUGACUGCUAAUGUUAUAAGUGGGGAUUAUAUACAAGAUUUUCUAACACCUGAGGGCUUUUGUUCCCUAAUGGCUUUGGUGGGUACAAAUGGACAGGGUAUAGGUACAAGUCCUUUGGCUCUCUGGGUCAAUUCAGUGUCACAUCUUACAAUGUCAGAUGAUGAAAGACAACAAUUGGAUGUGUUCAUAGACAAACUUUAUCAGUAUGUGGAAGAAGAGUCUGGCCAAUUCUUAAACACAGAAGGCUCUGGAUUGUUCCAGUUACAAAGCGCAUGCAACCAUAGUUGUUCACCAAAUGCAGAAUCGACAUUCCCAUAUGGAAACCAUAAAAUACAGUUGAAGGCUUUGAAAGCUAUUCUGCCCGGUGAAGAAAUAUUUAUCAGCUAUUUGGAUGAGUGUACUUUGCAAAGGUCUAGGUAUUCGAGGCAAAAGGAAUUGGCAGAAAACUACCUUUUCAUAUGCAAUUGUGAGCGUUGCAUGUCUCAAAGCUCUGAGCCGGACUGCACCAGCGAGGAGGAAAUGAGUGAAGAUGAAAUUGAUGCGGACGAC